GUGACGACAAUUAUAAUCAACAAGUAAUUCACGGUAAAAAUGGCCAAAAUAGUACGCCGAGCUGCAAAAAAAGCGAUUAUAAGCGCAAAGGACAGCCACAGCCUUCUAAGUCUCUUGAUAUUUGACGAGAAAAUUGUUUGUCAUAAUCUAAGAAAGCUAACGGACUCAAAACAAAAUGCAUCAUUAUCUCUGCUCAAGUGGGCAAGACAAGAAGAAAACAUUGCUCUUGAAGAUGUUUUUAGCAAAGUCGUUGAAGUGGGCAGCAUUUGGGCUGAAGUCUUUAAACAAACUAUUGAGCAGCAUGUGCAAUAUAGAUCAACAUUUAAAGAGAUUUUACGCGAGGAACGAAUUCUUGAUGACAUGAGAAAAAGGGAAGUACAAUAUGCCUCAAAGUUAAACAAAUUACAAAAACAGGUAGAACAGAAUAAAAGGAAAAGUGAUAUUAAUAAAUCGAAAGCAUUAUCUGAGGAGGUGGCUGAGACUUUAUCUUUAUCUGAAGAAUCACAUGCUGAAUUGGAAGUUAAAAUUACAAAACAUGAAAUAUUCAAGGCAAAGAAGUUAAAAGAUGCUUUGUAUUUCAAAUCUGAAAGUAUAGAAAAGUUUGCUAAACAAGCUUUAUCAGUGAGUACAGCAUACAAAGACUUGGCAGACCUAAUACCUGAUACCCCAACGCAACUAUCUGAAGAGAAGAUCUUUCAAGGUGCAGGUCAGGCAAGAAGGAUUGUAACAGACUUAGCGAAAGAACUUGAACUAGAUCCUGUUGUGAUAGCAGAUGAAGAAAAAAGUGAUCAUACUUAUCUUUAUGCUGUUUCUGCAUUGAAACCCACAAAGGCAACUGAUUCACCUCCACCCUCACCAUCUGCUGAUCCAAAACACCGCAAAUUAACGGCGGUCACGUCAGAUGGACUUCAAUCCAGGAACACUGUCCACGACUCUUUAUUGACACAACGAUUUGGUCAUGCGCUGUCUUUGGACGAUCUAAGACCUCCGCCAUCUUGUCCACCACCUCCUUUGCCACUUCAAGGAAGAUUAGCUAAGGGACUUCGGGAUCAAACGUUUGGCAAGCCUCAAUCUCUUGAAGAACUGACCCCUCCUGCACCUCCCCCUAGGAGAAAAGGGGCAUCAAGAAACAAGGAAAGUAACCGAUGGUAUGCACGAUCUAAGGUGUGGGAGGAAGAAUCAGACAGUGCAGAUAGUGAUGGGUACACUGAACCAUGGAUUGAUCCCAAUACAGGAUAUAAAUCCUUAUCCCGACAUAAUAACAAAUGUACUACAACCAAACAAACUUCUCUAGACGAUCCCAGAACAGUUGGGAAUAACGUGCAAUUUAGUUACCAGUCUUUACAAACAAGUGGGGAUGUUCACUAUGAUGGAUGCUAUUUACAACUUAAACAAUAAAAUACAAUUGCAAAUACACGGGGAAACCGUGUGUACUUCAGAUCAUUAUAUACAAAACUACAAGAAAGGCUAAUGCGGGCAAAACAUUUCAUUUUAGAAUUAUAUGGAGCUUAUUGUACGCCGGGAAGUUACGGGAACGGGGGUUACAGUCGGGUCGCUUAAAUAUUUCAAAAAAGUCAUAGAUUUGUAUCAAAGCAUCAUAUCGGACCAAUGACAGCGAAGCAAAAAAAUGGUACUAAGUGAAGCAUGAUCUAACUAACGAUUGGUAGAGCACAGCCACAGGCAGGCCAGCACAUUUCACACUUUAAAUAAUUAAAUAAAUAACUGAUAGAAUUGAGUAUUGAAUCAGUUAUCGAAGGACAAAAUUAUCUUCAUCUUCAUUUAUAAUAGACUCGUUAGUAAUUUCUAAUUCCGAUUAUUAUCAUAUCACAAUUCAGAAUAUUUAUAAUAGCAAAUUAAAUAUGAUAGAAGAAAGCCAGUACGCUUGUAAGCAUACUUCAAUCGCUAUUUUUAGUAUUAUUCAAAAAAAUCCCCGAAAUAUUUUAAAAUGCAAUAAAUCUUUUGAAUGUCGAUCUUGUAAUUGAUAUCAACUUGUACAUCACCGUCGAUAAACCUAUAAUUCGCCUCAUUUUUUAAAAGAGAAUGCUUUUACGGCAUGGCUUAUUUCGUUUAAAGGAAAGAGGAGUUUGCUCUUGCUAACUCACUCGUUUUUUUUAACAAAAUAAUUGUUAUUGUUAGUUUUGACGGACCACUAAUAAAGGAAAUAGUAAAUGAUUCUAACCUCGGGGAUCAAGGACUGGGGAUUGUGAGAAUGCAUUCAGUUUAUGUCAAGCGACCUCAUAUAAACAAAAUUAUUUUCAAAACGUUCUUUUUAUAACAUUGCAUAUUACGUGGAAACGUAUUUCUUACUUUAAUUAUGACGUUUUUCCGUCAGAGAAUAACAAUACUAUUAGACUAAUGUAUACAUCUUGAUCAGUGUGGAACACUGAUGACUACGGAAAAUCACC